CAAUAAAUUUAUAUCCAGAUGUUCAAAAUUUGUAAAUAUCGAUCGAUAUAUUGAAAAGUUUAAAAUUCAAUUAUGUAAAUGAUUACGUUCCCCUAUUUCUCACAGUCAAAUAUUGAUUCAACAUUGGUAUUUGAUUUGUCGUAUCCUCAUUUUACUCGAAAUGUUAAUCAAGGAAUAUCGAAUUCCCAUGCCCCUUUCUGUCGAGGAAUACAAAAUCGCUCAAUUGUACAUGAUACAGAAAAAGAGUCGAAAGGAAUCGGAAGGUGAAGGGAGCGGUGUCGAAAUUCUAGUUAAUGAACCUUAUACUAAUGAACAAUCCGACGGUAACAUUGCGUCUGGUCAAUACACCUACAAAGUCUAUCACAUUGGAAAACAUUUACCUUCUUGGUUUAGAUCCAUAGUACCCCAAACGGCGCAGAGGGUUGACGAAGAAGCUUGGAAUGCAUACCCUUAUACCAAAACUCGUUACACAUGUCCAUUUAUGGAAAAGUUUUUUAUUGAAAUUGAAACGAGAUAUUUCGAUGAUCCGGGAAUUCAGGAUAAUGUCUUCAAUCUUUCUCCUCAGGAACUCAAAGAAAGGACCAUCGAAAUGAUAGAUAUAGUCAAUGACUCCCUCUCCAGCACUGAAUCUAAUCCUGCGGAAGAUCCAACUCGUUAUGUCUCUGUAAAAACGAAAAGAGGUCCUUUAAACAAGGAUUGGCUGAAAGUAUGCACUAAAGACUGGCAAAAAUCUCAUUCUUCACCAGUGACGAAAUACAAGAAAAGUAUAAUGUGCGCUUAUAAAUUAUGCCGUAUCGAUUUCCGAUAUUGGGGUAUGCAAAGCAAAGUCGAAAAGUUCAUCAAUGAUAUCGCUCUGAGAAAGACAAUGAUAACUGCUCAUCAGCAGGCUUGGUGUUGGCAAGAUGAAUGGAUAGGAUUGGACAUGGAAGCUAUUCGCAAACUUGAAGGAGAAACACAAAAAAUUUUAGCCAUGAAAAUGAAUCAAAACAUUACAUCAUCACCUUUAUCCAAUCUCAACAAUUCCCCUAAUAAAAAUGACAUCAAUCAAAAUAUGAAGUGCUUAAAUAGUUCAUGCAAUGUAGUUGAUUUUAAAAGGACAUCUAGAGAUUCAAUAAGUAGCAACUUUAAUUCCAACCUCUUUAAGCACAGACAAAAAUCGAUCAAUCAAAUUUCCUCUAAUAAAGGUCUAGCUAGUACUACUUCCUUGUUAGAACUCUUAGGCAAAGACACGAAGGAGUUUGAUGAUGAAGACGACUAUCUAUCACCAGAGAUUGAAAGCAAAGAGGACAAGAGUUUUGAUGAGAAUGAAGAAAAUGAUGAUGAAUCUCUGGCAAUUUAUUUUGACGCUAUGGAUAAUUCUAAUCAUUCUAUUGGUGAUAACAAAAGUAUAUCGACAAAGGAUGAUAUUAAUGACGGAAAAAGUACUUUCAGCCCAUCGUACUUAUUCUUGGUGGUACACGGAGGAAACUUUUUGGAUAAUUUGAACGACGAGAAUGGCAUGGACAUGAGAAAUAACGACAUCAAUACUUUCAAAACUACUUUACUUAAAGCAAUAUCGGACAAUUACAAUGAUGAAGUGCUUAAUAAAGUUGGCUUUGAAUCCGUUAUUUUGCCCGAUAUAUACUCACAAACUCUUAAUUGUUUAAUUGAGUCUCGUCCAAAUGGCUUUCUUAGAGCACUACUAAAUGCAAACACCAAUUCCUCCACUAAUAAUAUUAGCCAAACUAAUAAUGAUUUUAAAUCAUCGGAAGUUUAUGAUGAUAUAGAAUAUGGUAUUCCUCUAUCCGCACUCCCACUGCUAACUUGUUCCCCUAUCCUUUUAGGAUAUACAUUUUACUUAAAUAAUAUUAUAAACCCGUGUUUGAAACUUAUCUGUCAGGCAUACGAAAGACAUUUAUUGGCUAACCCUUAUUUUAAUGGACAAGUUGUAAUAGUUAGUGACAUGGUAGGUUCCAUUUUGAUUUUUGAUACCUUGAUUAGCGUGUCUUCGGAUAUUCGUCAGACUUCCACAGGUUUAUGCCCACCACACAUCGAUCAUUUUUUCACAUUUGGUUCACCUUUGGGACUAGUUCUCCUUCAAAGGCGUAUCUAUCGUGCUAAUCAGACCAAAUCUUUCGACCCUAUGCAUAUCAAAAAUGCCUAUAACGAUAUGGAUCACCUUUAUAGAACCAAUAUUAAUGAUAUUGAAAAUAAAAACGAUAAAAUUAAUACUAGAAAUAAUAUAGAUAUUGACAACAAUAAAAACCAAAAUUGCGAAAUGAUAAGCGCUCUGGAAACUAACUUGUUUGAUAGAAAUGGAUGGAUGAUUAUCCCCCAAUCAUUGAGGAGCGUUGGGCAGCUUUACAACAUAUUUUACGAAUCAGACCCUUAUGCUUUUCGUCUCGAGCCUUUUAUGUGUCCGGUCUUUGGAUGUAUUCCUCCGCACUGCGCGGAUGACUUCAGUUUCUCAUCAACGCCAUCUUUGUUCAAUAUACUAAACGAUCACGUAAACGAGUGCCAACUCUAUAAAUGCGUUCAAACAAAUUACAAGCUAUUCGACAAUUAUUUUGCCACAAUCGAAAGAUCUCAAGAAAGCCACCCUAAUUUUCUUUAUAAAUCAUCUUCCAAUAUCUUAGACAAAUGUGAUGAAAUAACUUCCUACCUAACUGGUCACUGGUGGGGGCGACAUCGCGUAGAUUACGUGCUGCGUAAAUGUCCUCCUACACUGAAUGCGGGGCAGUUUCCAAUGUCCGUACUGCCUCAUAUCUUCCAUGCGGGUUAUUGGCAAAGUCGCCACGCCUCCCUUUUCAUAGCGGAGCGUGUACUCUAUGCACUUUCGGGAAAAUUCGCUCGUCAAGCUGUUCGGAAAGAAAGGGCUAAAGAACAAUUUUCAGCUCCUGGUAUUGGUUAUGAUACUAGUCCGGGUUAUAAAUCGGAUAAGCGACCAGUUAUGGGUUGGAUAUCCGGAAGUAAAGAUUCGAAAGCUGGUCCAAUAAAGUUUAAAGAAACCUGGAAUCGUACUAAAACAUCGUUGGUGCAGAAUAGGAAUAUUAGUAGUAAUCACAGAGCCAACGAUAUUAUCUUAAAUGACUCGAUGCCACAAUCAUUGAUUGCUAGGUUCUCUUACGGGCCUCUAGACGUUUUAACAUUAGGAGGAAAAAAAGUCGAUAUUUAUCACAAACCUGAUGAAAUAUUAAACAGAAUAUAUUAUAACCAAAAAGACAGUACCAAAGACUAUAAUAAUCAGAUAGAACAAGCUGAUUGGAAAUAUAUUGGAAGUUCUUAUACAGAGCAGAACGGGAAGUUGGUAUAUAACAUUGUGUCAGAUAAAAGACUUAGAGAUGGCAUUCACAAAAUCAAGAUGGUUUUAAGCUCCUCAUCUUCUUCCGCAACAAACUUUAAAGGUUCUCAACUUCGAAGUCAUCUACAAGAUAUAGAAGAGACGGAAGAACGCGCUACCUUAACAUUAGCCGUUCUCCAUUUUACGACGGCCUUAGCAGUGUUUAGCAUUGAUGGAGCUUUUGCAGCAAAUAUUUCUUUGACCGGGAGUGACGCUCGUUCUCGCAUGGGAUCGGCGGAAUUGGCCCGUUUCUGGGUGCAGACUUGUGGCCUUCUUCCUCUUUAUUUAUCAGCACGACCCGACUUACAAUUAAACGGUGUAGUGGACUGGCUUGCUCGUGAAAAGUUUCCUCGUGGACUCGUACGGUUUACCACACUUGACACAUCUCCUGUAAUAUCACUGCUUAAAGAUAAAGCGGCUUAUUUAAAGCAUCUCGUACACGAGGUGGGUUUAACGAUUUUUGUUGCUUAUGGAUCGAGCAAAGAUAUUCCUACAUAUUGCUCGCUAAAUAUACCUCCAGAAAGAAUUUAUUCUAUAACUAAAGUACCAAAGAGAUAUCAAGGGGAAGCCACGUAUUUAAGUGAAGGUUAUUCCGCACAUUUACAACAACUUAAAGUGGAACAAAAGAUCAUUCCAAACGUUCAGUCGAAAUUAUAUAUAGAUGAUAAUAUUAUUACACAGUGGGAUCUUAAUAGAAAUAGCUUUAAAUUACCAAAGACUACGAAAAAAUGCAUGAGUGAGAAAUAUAGUGGCAAAAAUAAUAUUUAUGAAGAUGAUAAAACUCGAAAUAAUUCAACUCUUCCUAACAUAAAAUCCACCAUCUCUGAUGAUAAAUUGCCCAACGAGUAUCUUUCUUCGAAUAAUUUGUCUAAUCACAGGGAACGCAAAUAUAGUUUGAGUCGAUUAUUCAAAAAAUUUUAAUCUUUUACUUAUAUAACUGGUUUUUGUUGAAAGAUAAUUUGCUAUAGAAUAUAUUUAUAUUUAGAAUUCUAGUUUUUUUAAUAACGGAGAUUGCCAAUAGAAUCCAUAUCUUCCAACGACCUACUAAUUUUAUGAUUUGUCAAGUUGCUCAAAUUGACAAGUUUAUUUAAUUGCAAUAUAGUAUAAUAAAAUAUAUUAUAAAAUCUUUUAAACUAAUCAAAAUAUAGAAAGUUGUAUUUAAAUAACAAGAUUUUAGGUAAUAAAAUCAAUGUCAUUCAUUCUCUGCAAUAAUAAUUUUCUAAUAUAAAUUAUAUAAUUUAUUAUUUUUUCCACAUAUAUGUGUAAUUUAUCUAAUACUCAAAUAUUUAAUUCUUUA